CCUACAUACCGUUGUAAUACGUUACCCCUUGGGACUCUUUAACAAAACGGACUAUAGCCACUGUGUAUGGCUUGUGACCUACAAACAACCGGGUAACAGAUUGGGGCUGAUCGGUUCCUCACUGGACGAAUGUCAGGGCCUGCCAAAGAUUUGGCGCUGAUUCAGACAAGAGCUUUCAGGAAUCUGGAUCGGAGUAAAGAAGUGAAUUGUGCAAUACAAUCCUUUAUAUCCUGGCCAGUAGCGACAUCCAUCUGUCGUCUGGGGAACCAGGGGCUUUCGGACAUAGGGGGAUGUACAUACACCUCUAAGCCUCUGACCCAUUUGUUGCUGUCUGGAAGUUGCCGCCAUGCCGGAGAAGACCGAGGUUCAGCUCGGUGGCACGAAACGAUUCGAAUGUCGUGUCAUCGGCUACCCUCGUCCGGACAUCAAGUGGUACAAGGAUGGAGUGGAUAUUACCCAGAAUUCCCGUUUCAACUUCACACAUACCCGUGAAGGAGUCAUCUCUAUGUUGAUAGAGAAGGUGUCACGACAAGAUGAAGGAUGUUACCGGUGUCGUGCCCAGAAUUCGGAGGGGAUGGCAUCGACUGCUGCCUAUCUGUUUGUCAGGACUCGGAAAUCAAAGUUUCUGGAUGAUACUCCAUCAGUUCACUCCAUGUCGCUUAUGGAAGCAUCGGAAAAAGACUUAGAACAUGACCGUGAAUACAAGUCAAAACAACUGAAACAUCGAAAACAGGAGUUUGAAGCGAUGGAGACUGAAGAAUACGAACAACAUAUAUCUGUUGAGGAACAAACAGAGAUCCACAUCACUGAUCGAUCCACAAGGAACAUCAAUGAGGACAAGAAUGUGUCAAGGGAAGCUGAGAACAGUGAGGAGUCGGAGGGCAGUUUUUCCUCACUGGAGGAGCUCAGUGGAACCAAAGAUAUACAGAUCAAACUUGAAAAGAUGGCGCAGAUGUACGAGGAAGUUUCAGAAGAGAAAAGUACCAAAGGGAAAAGUGUUUCUUUCAAGAUAGAGUCUGAAAGUUUUACCCAAAGUACUGAAAUAACAGGAGAAUCUGAUUUGACAGUUGAAUCAGAAGUCAGCAUAUCGGAAGAGAGAAAAUCCAAGAAAGUCAAAAUUUCGAUAGAUGAGUCAGAGUCUGCAUCAAUGAGUGAGGAAUCUUGUACAACUGAUGAAAAUGAACUUGAAGAAGAAAUCAGGAGGAAAGAGGAGCAACUGUCAGUGCUGAUUACACAGGAGGCAACAGUAACAGAUGAAAAUACAUCUUCAUCCCAGCUGGAUGUUUCAAUAGAUGACACCAAGCUGUCAACCCAAACAGCAGAUGACUCUGGGUUGGGUAUCAGCUUCAGUGCCGACACAGAGGAAAGAUCAUUCACUGAAGAGGAUGACUCCAUGGUGAUCAGGGCAUCUUUUGAAGUUGAAAGCACAGAAACUGAAAAUGUGGAAAUCAGGUCUGAAAUUACCGAAAUAAGUGAGUCGACAGUUGUUGACGAAACAACAGAGUCGGACACACACCAGGGGAGGGAACUGAAAAUAUCAGCAGAAACUGAAGUUGAUGCUUCAAAGGAAGAACAAGGAGGAUUAUCCUUUGAGGCAAGUGUAAUAACUGACAGCUCAGAGGUGGAACAGACUGGCCUGACUGUAUCUGCAGAUGUGGAGAUAGAGGAGAAGAAGGUUAAAGAGACGUUAGAGGAAGGAAAGGAGGAAGUGCUGGAAAAGAGGGUAGAGGAGACGGAAUCUCUCAAUGGAGAAAUUAUACUUGAAUCUGCAGCAUCGCAGGAUGUUGCUGGUCAAUCGGAUCUGGUGUUACCUGAUGUUGUUCUGCCAGAAUACAAGUCUGAGGAGCUUGGAGAACAACAGUCAGUCAGUUCUGUGGAGGACCUUUCAUCUGAUCAUGCUGCAAAACCCAGAACAACUGCUGAUGAAUAUUAUGGUGAGGAGGACCUCGUCCUUCCACUUGUCAAGCAGCUUCCAGUCAACAAGACUGAGGAAAUGAAGGAUCAACAGUCUGAAGGAUCGGUUGAAGAUUUGCCUUUUGAUGAGAUGCCACAGUCACAAACUGAUAUGAAUGUUGAGGAACAGCCUAUAGCUGCAGUAGUGGAAGCUUUGGAGAGUGUUACAGAAGUCAGGGAAGGCCCUCCCGAGCCUGAGGUCUCUGAUAUACCAGAAUCUACUGCAGAAGCUGCUUCAAUGAGUCUUGGCCCGGACAGUGGCAUAUUUGAUAUGUCUCUGCAAGGGACUCAGUUCCAUGUGGAGGAACUGGAGGUCACUGGAUCUUCUGUGGACAGUGCAGAGCAUCUAGAGUCACAGGAGGCAUCUAAGGCUAAAGAAAAAAUGUCUGGUGCUUAUGAAAUCGAACGAGUGCCUAAAUUUGUUAGUUUUGAGCAGCAUGUGAGUGAGAGUAAUGUGGAUAGUGCAAUAGAAACAACUAAGAAUCUCCAAGAUUCUGAAGUCUCGUUUGUAUCAAAAACUGAGGAAGAAAAGGCUGAGGUUAAGAAAUCCCAGGAUGUAUUCAUGGCAGAUGGGGUCAGUGAAGAAAACCUUUCAGCUGAUGAAGUUCAAGAUCUGAGGGCAGAUGAAACAGCUGAAGCUGCUGAAGUUGACAGUAAUGGUUUACAAACAGUAGACAAACAUGUGGAAGUGGCUAAAGUUGAAGAAAGCAGUCUUGUUGAAAAAGAUAAAACAGAAAACACUACACAGUUUGACGAAGAUGUCAAGGCAUCAGCUGAAGUAAAGGAAGAGCGUGGUACCGGCAAGCAAUUGGUGAAACAGACAUCCAUAGAAACAUAUAUAGAACAAGCCUCUUUAGAUGACCUUGCAGCUCUUGAGGAAUUAAAUACAAUUGAAACUGAUGAGAAAAGUCAGGCUGGUGAAACUAUGGCGGACGUAACAGUGAUGCAAGAGGCAGAUAAAGAAGAUGCUGUUGAAACUCAGAGCAGAAUUCUUUCUGAGAUCGCAACAGGAGAGGAUAAUCUCAGUGAAAUCAGGGAAGCCCCACAGCCUGCGGAGGUCAGUGAAUCCCAACAAAGCCAAGAGACCGAAUCAGAAAGGGCACAAGUGAUGCCAGAAGAGCUAAUUUUACAAGCUGAUGGAAAUGUCGAGAACACCAAACAGCCUGGCGAAGAGGAUGUGAUGCUGUUACAGGCUGAAGUCGAUAUCACUGAGACCGAAAAAAAUUUGGAUGAGACAUUGGCACUUACCACAGAUGUUGAUGUGAGUGAACAGAAGUAUGACUCAGAAGGUUCAACAUUAAAAAUGUCUGCCACUGUAGAUACCGAACAAGUGCUUUCACCACCAAAAGUCACCAGAGUCCCGGAAGAUGUGUCUGUUCAGACUGGCGAGACCAUUCAAUUGGUAUCAGAAGUUCAAGGAAGUCCUUCCCCAGAGGUGAAGUGGUUUAGAGAAGGGGACACAGUGAAGCCCACUGAGAGGAUCUCCCUCAUUGCUGACAAUGACAUCUACACUCUGGAGAUCAGAGAGGCCUCCAGUUCUGAUGCCGGCACCUACACCCUGACAGCUCACAAUCGGAUGGCACAAUCUUCAGUGAUGUCCAGGUCACAGUCACGGCACCACAGGAGGAGGGGGCCACAGGAGGAGCACCUGCAGGGGAGGAAAUCAGUGUCACGGCCCUCCUGACUUCCCCAGAGUUUGUCAUCAAACCAGAAGAUGUGACUGUUCAGGAAUUUGAGCAAGUCAAACUUGUAUGCUCUGUCAAAGGAACGCCAACACCAGAGGUGAAGUGGCAGCGAGAAGGACAAUCACUAAAGGCAGACAAUCAUUUGAGAAUAUUUGAAUCCGAUGGAUGCCAUUAUUUAGAAAUUCCCCAUGCAUCUUUCAUUGACAGUGGUGAAUAUGAGUGUGUAGCUACGAACAGCGAAGGAACAAUUUCUGUGGUUAUAAGACUUACAGUUGAAGGGAUCACUGACGCGGAGGAGAGUGCACUGUCAAAUGAGGAACUCCGGAUGGCGAUGUCGGAACGCUCGGACACUGAUGUCAGUACUGAGUCGACUACACGUAGAUAUAUAAAACUUGUAGUCGCAGCGGCAGCGUUCACUCUCGUAGCUUUCGGCGUCCAUAAAAUGGUGCAAAAUUUUCCCAAGGGGAGCUAACCCAUGUUUCUAGUCAAAAGAAGUUCUAGUUAUAUUUCUAUGUUGAAAGCAGAAUUUGACACAAGAGAGAAAUAUAAUUUAGAUUUGAAGAAUAGUCGGUCGUUCUAUGAAUAAAGUAUUAAGCACUGACUUAAGAAAAUUAAAUAAGGUCAACAAAAUUGUAUUUAUUCUUAGAAAAUUUUAAGAUUUGUUUUUGACAUUUUGACAGCCAAUAAAAUCAGAUAAUUUUCUUUGCUAUUUUACACAGAAACUGAUAAUUCAUUAACCUUCAGUGUGUGAUAGUUUGUGUGACUGAAUGAGUGGUGUGAAUGAGGAAUGGAAAAUUGUGAUAUUUUACAAAUAUUUGAAAAUUAUUGGUAAUAUUGCCUCAUUUUGAAUGUGUUAAAUUUUCAUCAGAUUAGCUAUUAUUUUUUCAGAAUAAAACUACAGAAAGAACUAUAAAUAAGAAUUUAAUGAAUAAAAUAGAAAACAUUCAUAUUGUUAAGAAUUUUGUCACAAUAUAUUUUGAGGCUACAUGAAAAUGUAUAUAAUCAAGAAUGGUAUUUUGGUCUUUAUGGACCUUAAACACGAGAACAAGUUAUUGUGUAUUUUCUGCCAUUGUUUGCACAUCAAUGGUGACAGGUUGCAUUUAUUCAGAUAUUAUUCAUUCUGUAUUUACAUUGAUAUUAUAUACUCAGGGAUGUUACAGUCACAGUAUAUGCUCAGUUCCAUACAUUCCUUUGUUGCCAUUCCAGGAUUACUGAUAAUGUUUCAAUUGUGUUGGGACUUUUUGUUGUGUCUUUGGGCUUGAAUGUUUAUCCAUUUUAACCCGCCAAAAUUGAAGAAAUACUGCCAUUGUCCUGCGACAUAUAUUAAAUGUCUCAGCUUUUAGGAAACUUUGAUGAUGAUGAUGAUUUGGAGAUUAAUGUGUGCUUUCCGAUAUAU